CGCUCGCGUCCCCAGAAUGGAACUCGAGUGUUUCGAUCGCUCCGCUCGUUUUCACAAUCCCGCCGCCGGAAUUCAGUUGGGCUUCUCGCUCCCGCAGCGGUUUCCUCCUCCGCCAAGAGUUCCGCGCAAUUUCUCAUCUGUUCUUGCGAUCGAGGGGAUUCUUUCUUCUCCCAGGUCUUGAGAUCGAUUGGGAAGGAGGAGGCCAUGGGAUCGUUCUUCUCCAAGGAGAAUCCGUCGGGGCGGCGGCCGUACGACUACAACCACAACCACGCCGCGCCGAGAGGUGGGAACAAUCGGUACGCCAAAUUCGGCGACGAUUACCACACCCUGGAGCAGGUUACUGAUGCUCUUGCACAUGCUGGUCUGGAGUCCUCAAAUCUGAUUGUUGGAAUUGAUUUCACGAAGUCCAAUGAAUGGACAGGCAAAUUGUCCUUCAACAACCGGAGCUUGCACGCAACGGGAGACAUUCCAAACCCAUAUGAGCAAGCUAUAUCCAUCAUAGGGAGAACCCUCGCUCGAUUUGAUGAGGACAACCUGAUACCAUGCUUUGGAUUCGGUGAUGCAACUACUCAUGAUCAGAAGGUAUUUAGCUUCUAUCCUGAUAACCAACCGUGUGAUGGCUUUGAACAAGCACUUGGUCGAUACAGAGAAAUUGUUCCACAUCUUCGUUUGGCUGGUCCAACUUCAUUUGCACCAAUGAUUGAGACUGCUAUUGGAAUUGUGGAUAGUAGUGGUGGCCAGUACCAUGUCCUGCUUAUAAUAGCAGAUGGACAGGUCACACGCAGUGUUGAAACGGGCAAUGGACAGUUGAGCCCACAGGAAAGGGAGACUAUCGAUGCCAUUGUGAAGGCUAGUGACUACCCGCUAUCGAUUGUGCUUGUUGGAGUUGGUGAUGGACCAUGGGACAUGAUGAGGAAAUUCGACGACAACAUACCUUCUCGUGCAUUCGAUAAUUUCCAGUUUGUGAACUUCACAGAGAUCAUGUUAAGACCUAUAAAUACCAGCAAAAAAGAGGCAGAAUUUGCUCUUUCAGCACUGAUGGAGAUUCCAGCACAGUUCAAAGCAGCAAUGAACCUCCAGCUUCUUGGAAGACGAAGAGGAUUUUCACAUCAACCAGUGGUACCUCCUCCUGUCAGUGAUCGGCGACAGUACUCUGGAUGCACCGCAGUCAAACAGACCGAAUCUACUAGCUAUGGAUCAGUACCAAAAACUGCAUCAGCGCCUCAACAUGACAGUGAUGUAGGUGAUCAACAGACUUGUCCAAUCUGCUGGAGUCAAGCAAAGAACCUUGCUUUUGGGUGUGGGCAUCAGACGUGCUCUGAAUGCGGGAAGAAUCUGAAGGUUUGCCCCCUGUGCCAAAGGGAGAUCUCCACAAGAAUCAAGCUUUACUGAAGCCCUUGAGAAGCUCAUGUACAAUCACCAUCACAAUAAAACCUUUGACAUUAUUAAAUAGGUGGUUUUGAAAGCAAGCACACUGUAAAUACAGGGUCGUAGUGUUGGUGCUCAAACUUACUACUGGUGUCUGGUUAUGGGAUACAAUUCUUUUCUUCUUUCGAGAUGUUAUAGCAUACAGUCAUUAGCAGAAGAAAUGAUCCAUGCCAAAUAAUGUGGUAUUCUAUAAGCGUACAUUCAUACCACUCGCAAUGGUUUUUGAGGUGCGAGUGAUUUAUGUUAGCAAUCAUUGUAUGUUUGAGCAAA